ACCGAGAUGAAAUGACCGGUGUGUAUGGAAGUGUCCGACGGAGGGAAUGCAGAAGAUGCUAAAUAGACCGAUAUGCCAAAACGGUAAAUGUAGUUAAACGUUUAAACCAGCAUAUCUUCCUGACCAGUGGACAAUACGGACAGAAAUGGCGGGGAUUAUUAAGAAGCAAAUCUUGAAGCAUUUGUCGAGGUUCACCAAGAACCUGUCCCCGGACAAGAUUAACCUGAGCACGCUGAAGGGGGAGGGGCAACUGUCCAAUCUGGAGCUGGAUGAAGAAGUUCUGCAGAACAUGCUGGACCUGCCAACAUGGCUGGCCGUCACACGAGUAUAUUGCAACAAGGCUGCCAUCAGGAUACAAUGGACAAAGCUCAAGACAAGCCCUAUCUGCCUGUUCCUGGACAAGGUGGAGGUGGAGAUGCGGACUUGUGAGGAGCCUCGAGCACCGAAUGGCCCCUCCCCCAUUGCCAUUACCGCAGGUCAAAGUGAGUAUGGCUUUGCUGAGAAGGUGGUGGAGGGCAUGUCUGUGAUCAUCAACUCGAUCACCAUCAAGGUGCAGGCGAGGGCCUUCCACGCCUCCUUCGAGCUGUGGCAGCUGCAGGGCAACAGCCUCAACCCCAAGUGGCAGAAGAGCGACCUGCGCUACACGCGCAUCACGGACCCCAAGAGGGGCGAGGUGCUGACGUUUAAGGAGAUCAACUGGCAGAGUCUGCGCAUCGAGGCGGACGCCAUCGAGAGCGAAGACCAGGACCUGGGCAGCACCCCCCUACGCCUCAUCACAAACCAGGGACGCAUACGCAUCGCACUCAAGAGAAGGGUGAAGGACUGUAACGUGUUGGCCUCCAAGCUGCUCUUCAUCCUGGACGACCUGCUGUGGGUGCUGACCGACUCCCAGCUGAAGGCCAUCAUCCACUACGCCAAGUCCCUCAGCGAGGCCAUGGAGAAGUCCGCCCAGCAGAGGAAGAGCAUGGCUGCAGACUCACUACAGACCGCCCCGCCAUCUCCAGGCAUCCACACCCUGUGGACGGAUCCCCCUCCCCCUCCGGCCCCUUCCGGGGCCCCCAGUACGCUGGGCCAGUACUUCGAGCAGCACGACGUGAAGGAGUCCUCCUACCACACCUUCAUCUCCCGCCUCGACCUGCACAUCUGCAACGACACCUCCUCCGCCGACUCAGAUUCCGAUGAGCCUCCACCCAGGGCCUCUCAGGGUGCCAUGCAGCUGACCUUCCGCAAGCUGGGCCUGGACUACUACCCUUUCCACCGCCCAGGUGACGGCUGUCGGCACUGGGAGCGCCACUGCAGUGCCAUGGAGGCGCGUGCCCAGUGGGCCGCCAAGCUGCUGCAGGAGUUCCAGAGUCGCGUGGAGGCCUCGGGCUUCCCCGGCCCGCACUCCCAGAGACCCCCACCCUCGCCUGGGUCAGGCCCCCACGGCAAGCCCCCCGUACCCCCGGCCCACUCCCACCCAUCCACACCUGGCUCUGGCUCUGGCUCUGGGUCGGGGUCUGCCCCUGGUUCUGCCAGGGAAUCCCCCGCCAAAAAGGCCCUGGAUGCAGAGGCCGUCCCCAAGCCCAGCCCUCCCGACCGAGAGCAGGCCUCCCGUCGGAGUUCCACCGCCCCCGGCCCCGGCCCCGCCCCCCCUCCCGGCACCCCCCUCAAGAGGCUGCGCUGCAGCUGCAUCGUCUUGCGAGUGGACGACCUCGACAUCCAUCAGGUGUCUUCUGGUGGCCGGCACAGCAAGAAGACCCAGUCUCUGAUCUCCUGCAACCGCAAGGCUCUCCACCUGGCCGACAACGUGCCUGCCAUCCACCUGCAGUUCACCGAGUACUACUACCCCAACAACACUGACUUACCCAUCCCCUUGUCCAACCUGUACGGCCAGGUGAACGGUCUGCAGCUGUGUGUGGACCCGGCCAGUGUGCUGUGGGUCAACAGCUUCUCUCGCGGCCUGCUGCGGACGCUGGCGCAGGUCAAGGCCUUCUACCACCUACAGGACACCAGCAAGAGCGACGAGCACGUGGACCUCAGACUGGAUGCCUCACAGCUACGGCUGAUCAUCCCUCUGGAGUCCUCCAUCCUGGACCACCCGGACCGGCCCCAGUCCCUCAGCAUCUCCGUGCCCCAGAUGGUGCUUAGCAACACGCGCCACGCCCCUCACGGUUCCCGUGGCGACCUGGCCAGCACCUACGCCUGCUUCUCCUCGCGCCCCUUCUUCCGCCGCGCGCCCCACACCUCCACGUUCCCCAGCGACCUGAGCGUGUUCCACCCGCUGCCCUCCGCCUUCCAGCGGCUGGCCCAAGAGCAGGCAUCCUGCCCCCUGCUGGAUACCCGGCCUCCGCGUGGCCAGGACGUCUGGUGCCUGAGUUUAUCCAGGGCCGCGUUGACUUUCGAAGGCGCCCGCCGGGGCCCCAAGGCUAAAGGUUUACCGUUCGUGGAGCCCUUCGCCAUGGCCGUGUGGAUGUGUCGUCCGGCUGCCUUCGAUGCUGCCGCUGCUAAGACCGACGUUAGUCGAUCCGGUAGCUCUGCAGACCUAGCGUCGCACGCCAACCACGUCGGCCAGACUUCCAGCCUGCAAAACGGGCUCAAGAACGGUCAAGCGCAGCCCGUGCCCCGAGACAAGGAGGCCCAUGAGCGGGACGGGAGCGCGAGUGACGCUGGUGACCCUCCGCCGUCGGCCACCGUCCACGUCCUGGCCCAGUCGGUGACGCCCAUGAAGGUGUGGCUCAACCACUUCCAGUACGUGGCCCUGCUGCGCAUGAAGGACACGCUGGGCCGCCUGGCCGCCGAGCUGACCCGCAGCGGAGGAGGAGGAGAGGACGGGAACCAGCGAAGGAGAACAGCAGAUGCAGAGCAGGAUGAAGGGAUGGGAGAAUCCGAGGACGGAGAGGUGAAGCACGAGGACGGAGAGGCGGAGGUGGAGGACCGUCAAAAGGGGGCGCCACCACCACCACCCAGCGUGUGCGUGGCCUUCCUGGCCGACGCUUUCGAACUGGGCCUGCUGUUUCCCCCCUCGGCCAACCAGCCGGAGGAGGAGGAGGCUCGCUCGCUGGCCGAGACGGACAGCCCCAGCAUGAGCGACUCCGACGCCUCGCCCACCCACCGCAGCUCCGACACCGCCGGGCCCCUGGAGGACAGCGGCAUCGGGGGCAACGGCAGCACGGCCGGUGGGAAGAAGGGCGGAGGGGAGGAGGAGGAGGAGGAAGAGGAGGAGCAGGAGGGGUCGGUGGAGGAAGCGUGCGAGGCCUUGGAAGCGGACGUGGACGACGUCAGGGAAGGUGACCAGGAUCAGGGUACAGCGGUGACCGACAACGUUCCCGAGCUGUCGCCGCCGUUGUCGCCCGGGACGGCCGCCGUGGCUGCCGGUGGCGUCACGACCAUCUCCAGGGAUGCCUCCACCUUCAGCCUGGAGGGGGAGCUGUCGAGCGCGUAUAACGCCACCAAGGACGUGACCCAGGGCGCGCUGAACGUGUCGCUGGACCUGACCAAGGGGGCCUUCUCCAUCACCAAGGAUGCCUUCAGCAUGUUCAGCCGCAGCUCCGGCAUGGGCAAGAUCUUCAACUCGCCUGCCAAGGACCAGCCCUAUCGUCCUGAUGACUCGUCGUCUGGGGCCUCGUCGCUGCUGGGUGGCCUGCGGCUGCAGAGCAUGAAGCCCUCCUCCUCUCAGCAGUCCCUGGACAGCGCCAUCUUGGACGGCAGCAUGCUCGACGACCGCCUCUCUGUCGCCAGCGACACCAGCGACAACUUUGCCAUCCUCAUGGACUCCGAGUCGGGUCUGGAGUCGAUGCGUCCUGAGAGCAGUGUGCUGGGUAGCAGGGGGAGUCCCUCAGUGGCAGCGGAGAGGGACAGAGACGCCGGCUCCACAGCUGACCUCAGCAGCUCCCUGUCACACAGCAUGGAGGAACUCAGCCAGGACAUGGCGUCGGUGCUGCUACUGUGUCUGAAUGGUGUGGGCACCGUGUCGGAGGUGAGGGGAGAGGACUGUGUGGUGGCAGUGGAGGUCCAGGAGAUGACUCCCCGGUCGCUAGGCAACCAGAGGCUCUCGGAACUCUUGUCCGGUGUGACUCAGGUUCCCGGCUUGACGACACCCACCAAGCCCCUGUCCCCGGCCCACCGGCCUGGCCGCACUUCCUCCUCCACGCCAGUGGUGGCGCUGCGCAUGGAGAUGGGUCCCUCGGCGGCGCGCCACAGCCCGCUGGCGGAGAGCGUGGGCUUCCUGGAGCUGCUGGUGCGGGGGUGCCGGGCGGAGCUGCUGGGGUCGUCCCUGGGGGGGCUGGGCCCCUUCCUGGAGGACGAGCUGGCGGCGGACGUGCAGCCCAUGAGGAUACGCAUCCGGGACACCGUACUCACGCUAAAGGACAACGGGCCGCGUGUCUAUCCCACGGCCCCCCAGCCCAUCCCCGUAGUCUUCAGCCUGGAUGGAGUGGUGCUGGAGCGCUCAGACGACGGAGUCUUCACUCUCAGACCGGGUGAUAAGCAGUCUGAUGAGGAGAGGGCAGCAGCUACCUCUGUAGUGUGCAGUGUGGAGAACAGAGAACAGAGCUGCGGAGGGGCCUCACAUAGUGACAAGGCUCUUGGAUCCCAGCUGUGCGAGGCGCAGUCAGCCCUCUCAAAGGCGCUCUCGGACCGUGAGCUCCUCCUGCAGGAAGUUCGCAAGUAUGACCCCUCAUUUACACUCUGAGGCAAUACAUGGAAGGAGCCACCAGGAGGCGACAUCCACCUAUUGAAGAAGUCAAGACUGCACAACCCAACCAGCAGAGAAGUGCCACAGUAUAAGGAUGCUCUUUAACGGGUCUUAGGGGGGAAAGGAUAACAAGGAAAUGGCCUUAUAAAUGUAUGUACAUAGUCAACAACUAGAGGCAGAAGUGGGGGUGCUCUUCCUGUAUAGUCCCAGUUUUUGUUUGUUCUUUUCUUUGUUAAUGGUUCAGGGGGUGUAAUGUGAGGUGUGUUGACUAGGUUAUCAUCAUGCCUUUUUCCACCCUCUUGAAUUAGAAUGACUUGUAGUUGGGAUAUUGUGUCCUCUCAUCGCAAACAUGUGACACAGUGGGGGAGACAUAUCUCUCUGCAUUCUCCCAGUCAUUUGGAAUUGGAAUCACUGGCAAAAGCAAUUGCACACGCACUGCCGAAAGUAUCGUGUGUUAAGCUUAUAGUUUAUUCCCACGUUUCAGUAUUUUUUUUUCUUUUAUGUGUGUGUAUGCGGCUGUAUAUUGUGUAUUCUGUGUUCGGCAUGUGUGCGGUGUACGGGAUGUGUGUGUGUGUGUGUGUGUGUGUGUGUG